CACUGAAGGUCUUGUAAUUGAAAGGCCUCCAUCUAUUGGAAUUCCUUUGCCAACAGAGAAUAUGGUGGGCAAGCUUGAUGUGAAGGAAAAAAUUCGCGGAUACCUGAGAGGUAGUGAGGGAAUGAUUGGAGUUUGUGGAAUUGGUGGAAUUGGCAAAACUACUAUUAUAAAACACAUCCAUAAUGAAUUAUUGAAUGAGGCUACUCAGUUUGAAAAGGUCAUCUGGAUCACAGUAUCACAUCCUUUCAAUGUUGUAAGAUUACAAGGCGACAUUGCAAGAAAAAUGAACAGAGACCUUCGAGAAGAUGCAGAUGAAUUGGAGCGGGCAUCAAGAUUGAUGGAGAUUAUGAAAACAGUGAAAUAUGCAUUGAUCUUAGAUGAUGUGCGAGAUAAAUUUACUCUUACAAGAGUUGGAAUCCCAAAACCAACAAUGGAAAAUGGGUGCAAAAUUGUUAUUACUAGCAGAUCAGUUGAUGUGUGCAACUACUUGAGCUGUCAAAUAGUUAAGGUGCCACCUCUUUCAAAGGAACAGUCUUUCAACUUGUUUUUAGAUGAGGUUGGGCCUGAUGUUCUACAAAUGCCGAAUUCAGAUGAGAUUGUGAAGCUUAUAGUGCAUAAAUGUGCUGGUUUGCCGUCUGUCAUUGUUGGCAUUGCUAGCAGAAUGAGAGGAGUAAAAGAUAUUUGUGAGUGGAGAAAUGCAUUACUUGAGUUGCCUCAAUAAUAGCAUGGGUGAAGAGGAAGGAAAUUAAAACAACUAUUGCAAUAGUCACUCUUCCAACAUUAAGGAAACUGUGUUUGAAUUGUUUACCAUAAGAAUAUUCUCUUACCUUUCCUCAAUUGCUAGUAUAAUAUAUUUUUAUUUAUUUU